AUGAGGGACCCACUCCUUUUUAAUCACAAGAAAUACCAUUCAGAAGAUCUGGUUAUUGGUGGCAUAACUUCUCAGAUUUAUAUAUUUUUCAGCAAGAUAACAUUCAUAAAGAAGCCAUCUAAGGAAAUUGUUGAUGAUUUAACCUAUUUUUUGGCAAGAUUGAUCUAUCUGGCUUCCAUAGAACUUCUCUCUUCAAAGGGAAAAUUGAUCCCAAACUACAAGUGUGAUCUCAAGGACAAUGUGUUAGCUGUUCUUGUUGGACCUACUGCUUUCAUUUGUCAGUCCACAUCAAAUGUUCUCAGCAUUUACAAGAUUCCACAGCUCACGUAUGGCUCUGCUCCGGUGAUAGAUGUCAGCACACAGGCUGUUUUCUUGCAUCAGACAUUUCCAAAUGAAGAUCUUCAAAUUAAGGGGAUGAUCCAAUUGUUGCUCUAUUUUCAGUGGGUAUGGAUUGGGCUGAUUGUCCAAAGUAUUGAGAAGCGAGACAGGUUUCGACAGAACAGGCUUGCUCUAUUUUCUCAGGAAGGUAUUUGCUUUGACUUUGUGGAAGAGUUACCAAAAGGAUCUGUUUCCACUGAAAUUGUAGGCUCACUUACACACUAUAUCAAAGUUUACACAGUUACCAUGAGGAGCAGGGCCAACAUUGUCAUCAUCUAUUGUGAAAACCGGGAAACAUCUGUAUUGAGAAUGCUGCCCUAUAUUUCAGAAUUUGAAUACAAUGUAGUGAAGAGAAAAGACAAAAUUUGGAUAAUGCCAGCCCAGAUGGAAUUCUCUUCUGCCCCUUUUCAGAGAUAUCAGAGCAUGGACUUCAUCCAUGGUUCUCUGACUUUUCAAGUGUCCUCAAAGGAUCUCUUAGGAUUCAAGAGAUUUCUUCAGAUGAGAAAAGUUAGUCUCGCCGAGGAAGACAGUUUGAUCAGGAUAUUUUGGGAAAGUGCCUUUCAAUGUUCUUUCUCCAAUGCCAAGUUAGAGGAGGAUGCUGUGAAUCAAUGCACAGGUGAGGAGCAGCUGGAGACACUUCCUCAGGCAGUGUUUGACACCAGGAUGACUGGACAGAGUUACAGUGUCUAUAAUGCUGUCCAUGCUGUGGCACAUGCCUUGCACGCCCUGCUUUCAUCAAAAUACCAACUCAAGGCAAGAGGAACUGGCUCAGACCUUAGGACAUGGAAUCAAUAUGUGUGGCAGCUUCAUAAGUACCUGAGAACUGUUUCCUUUAACAACAGUGCUGGAGAAAACAUUUUCUUUGAUCAAAAUGGGAAGGCUGCAACUGGUUUUGAUGUUAUCAACUGGGUCACUUUCCCCAACCAAUCCUUCCAUCGAGUCAAAGUUGGGAAAGUAGAUCCAUUUGCUUCCCCAAACAAUCUGUUCUCCAUUUCUGCAGACAGUAUUAUCUGGCCCACUACAUUUAAGCAGGUGCAACCCGUUUCUGCCUGCAAUGAUCAUUGUGUUUCAGGUUACAGUAGGAUCAAAAUAGAAGGGAAACCAUUUUGCUGCUACAAUUGUCUUCAGUGUCCAGAAGGGAAAAUCUCAAAUAAGGCAGAUGCAGAUGACUGUUUUUGGUGUUCAGAAGAUCGAUAUCCAAAUAAAGCUCAAAAUGCUUGUAUUCCAAAACAGAUCACAUUUUUGUCAUAUGAAGAAAUCUUGGGAAUCACCUUGACCACUGUUGCAUUCUUCUUUUCUUUCAUCUCAGCUGUGGUGCUGGGGAUCUUCAUUAAACAGCGGGACACUCCCAUUGUCAAAGCCAACAACAGGAACCUCACCUAUGUUCUCCUCAUUGCUCUCCUCCUCUCCUUCCUUUGCACUUUCCUCUUCAUUGGGCAACCAGAGCAGGUGAAAUGUCUCUUGCAACAAACUGUUUUUGGCAUCAUCUUUUCUGUAGCCAUUUCUUGUAUAUUGGGGAAAACAACCAUUGUUGUUCUUGCUUUCAUGGCCACCAAGCCAGGCUCCAAAAUGAGGAAAUGGGUGGGAAAAAGACUGGCUUACGCUAUUGUCUUGGGUUCCUCCCUGGUACAAGUCAGCAUUUGUAGUCUGUGGCUGGCAAUUUCUCCUCCAUUCCCAGAUUCAGACACAUAUUCUGUAUCAAAAGAAAUUAUUUUGGAAUGUAAUGAAGGUUCAUCCAUCAUGUUUUAUACUGUCCUUGGUUUUAUGGGGUUCUUGACUAUUAUCAGUUUCAUGGUGGCUUUCCUUGCUAGGAAGCUGCCUGAUAGUUUCAAUGAAGCCAAAUUUAUCACCUUUAGCAUGUUGGUCUUUUGUAGUGUCUGGAUAUCAUUUGUUCCCAGCUAUCUGAGCACUAAGGGGAAAUAUAUGGUGGCUGUGGAGAUCUUUUCCAUUUUGGCUUCUGCAGCUGGAUUACUGGGUUGCAUCUUUGCCCCUAAAUGCUACAUUAUUGUUCUGAGGCCUGAUUUGAACAGAAAGGAUCAGCUGAUAAAGAAGCAACACUGA